AUGUUUGAAGGUCGUCACGCAUCCGACCGAUACCACCUACAUCUGCACCGCGCGCGCUCAGUCGUCCUGACGAGCGCAGAGUUGGUUGAGAUCCGUGCAGCACAGAGGACGUUUGAAGGCGCCUAUGUGCGCACAGCCAUCGGCCAGUUCUCCUUUGCCCUCGUCGUACUGAAGAUCUUCACUGCCGAGUUCUACUCUAUCGGGGCGCUAUUCGCUGUCUAUGGCGCUGGCAUCUUGUUCAUCAGUUUGUUCCGACGCCAGCAAGGCAACAAGCAGUUCUUUUCCGAGUUAGGCGAAGAUGGCCUACAGAAGAAGAAGUUCCGCACGAGCGGCAACGUCGUGUCCGUACUGACGGCGUUGAGUGUAUCUGCCUACGUUUGUCUGCUGGUACUCACGCUGAAGCUUGCCACCUAA